AUGUCAGUUAUCAAGCAUUACGUUUCGUUGGCUACAGCCUUAUUAGCCGUCUCUCGCAGCACACUUGCAUUGGAAUGGGAUGCAACAUACGGAAAUAGUCCAGCCCUCUUUAAGCUGGCGGUCAAUCCUGAGAUCAUCGCAUUAGCUCACCAAAAGGUUGCUUUAACUCGAUACCCCAUCGAUGUCAAGCAGCCAGAUUGGAGCGAUGGACCUCCCGUGCACAAUGCUACAUCUGUUCGAGACUAUUGGGUCAAAGAAUACGAUUGGUCAAACACCCAACGGAGAAUCAAUUCACGCUUUAAUAUGUUUACCACAACGGUCGAUGCUAAGCCAUUCUCUGAAUAUGAAGAACGCGUACCUCUGCAUUUCGUGCAUCAUCGAUCCAAUCGCUCUGAUGCUAUUCCCCUUCUGUUCAUCCACGGAUGGCCUGGAUCUUUUCUUGAAGUCGAAAACUUGCUGGAACCGUUAACCAACCCUAGUGAUGCCUCACUACCUGCCUUCCACGUUGUGGCUCCAUCUAUACCUGGGUUCGGAUUCUCACCCGCCCCAACGAAUCCGCUCUUUGGCCCUCGUGCUGCCGGAGAGUCCUUCAACAACCUGAUGCAUCAGCUCAACUAUCCACAUUAUGUUAUCCAAGGAGGAGAUCUUGGAGGGUUUAUUAAUCGAUUCAUGGCAUCGUCUCAUCCAGAGUCAGUACUAUCGGUGCUGAGCAAUUUCUGGCUUGUCCAACCCAAUUCGACAGACUUUGCUAGAUAUUACGCAGGCAAUACUACAGAUGACGAGAGAUAUGUGAUCGAAGAAUUCUGGAAUUUCGAGAACAAGAGCAGCGGGUAUCGUUUCGAGCAGCAAACAUCGCCUCUGCAGAUUGGAUACGCUAUGACCGAUAGUCCCAUUGGCUUUGCCAUGUACAUAUACGAGUUCAUGUUCUUGACAGUCCAGAAUUAUAUCUGGAGUGCGAAAGAGCUCAUUACUUGGUCCUUGAUGUACUGGAUUCAAGGGCCAUACGCAGGAUUUAGGUUCUACAAAGAAAGUGUUAAUGACCACAUCCUUGAGGACGGGCUGCUUAUAAACUCUACAACGCUUCCCUAUAUCCACCAGCCGGUUGCCAUUUCCGAGUUCCCGGCAGAUAUUUGGUACAGGACUCCUCUAGAUUGGGCCCAGCGAGGAGGCAAUGUUGUUGUAAGGAAAGUACAUGAAAAGGGAGGACACUUUGCUUCAGUGGAAACGCCUGAUCUUCUGAUAGAAGAUAUACGAUCAUUCUUUGGAAAUGGUACUCUUUCUAACACGACAAUGUUUGGCUACUGA